GUUUAAUUGUGAACCUUAUUAAUUUAGGAUUUCUAGAAAAAAAGAUAAAUACACAUUGUAUUCGAAUCUUGCGCGAUGUUAAAAAACUUAAGCUCAUAGCGAUAGAUAUCCCAGAAUGCAUCACGUCCCUACCCUUGGCAGUCAAGUGCAAGCUCUGUCUCAGUGUUGUGCGAAUUUCGUCUUACGUAAAGGUCUAAAUAAACUAUGUUUUUAGCGAUUUCGUGAUGGAUGACAAGUGUCGGAAUGUGUAUGCAGAUAUGUGUCGUUAAGUGUAUUGUGAAGUGCGUGAACCAUUAAAGCCUGCAAAAUAGGGAAUAUCUUUUUAAACGCGAGGUAGGGCGAGACCCAUCGGUGCUGCCUACCCACCAUAUUUCUUGAUAACUGGCCUGAUGCCAUGGGUUGUUUUGGUAGCGGAGGCUCAAAAGCGGACCAAGAAGAACGAAAAAUUUUAAGUGAACGAAAUAAAAAGAUAAACGCACAACUCCAAAAGGAUAAACAAGUGUAUAGAGCAACGCACAGGUUAUUAUUACUAGGUGCCGGAGAAUCGGGGAAAAGCACAAUAGUGAAGCAGAUGAGGAUAUUGCAUGUCAAUGGCUUUAGUGAAGAAGAGAAGAGGCAGAAAAUAGAAGACAUCAAGAAGAAUAUUCGAGAUGCGAUAUUAACCAUAACCGGCGCGAUGAGCACGCUGACGCCGCCCAUCCAGCUCGAGAAUCCCUCCAACCAGCACCGGGUCGACUACAUCCAGGACGUCGCCUCGCAGCAUGACUUCGACUACCCGCCGGAGUUUUACGAGCACACGGAGAUCCUAUGGAAGGACCGAGGAGUACAGGCGUGUUACGAGCGCUCCAACGAGUACCAGCUGAUCGACUGCGCCAAGUACUUCUUGGACAAAGUUCACAUAAUUAAGCAGCCCAACUACACACCCACUGAACAAGACAUUCUCAGAUGUCGUGUCUUAACUUCUGGUAUCUUUGAAACAAGAUUUCAAGUGGAUAAAGUCAAUUUCCAUAUGUUCGAUGUUGGAGGACAGAGAGACGAAAGGCGGAAGUGGAUACAGUGUUUCAAUGAUGUUACCGCAAUCAUAUUUGUUACUGCAUGCAGCAGUUACAACAUGGUACUGCGUGAAGAUCCUACCCAGAACAGGUUGCGCGAGAGCCUUGACCUGUUUAAAAGCAUUUGGAACAACAGGUGGUUACGGACAAUAUCUGUGAUCCUGUUCCUGAAUAAGCAGGACCUACUGGCAGAGAAGAUCAAAGCCGGGAAAUCUAAGCUGGAAGAAUACUUCGCUGACUUCGCACAGUACCCUACCCCUACGGAUGCAAUGGCAGAACCAGGGGAAGAUCCAGAAGUUAUUCGGGCCAAGUACUUCAUUCGGGAUGAAUUUUUACGUAUCAGUACAGCAAGUGGAGAUGGCAAGCACUAUUGUUACCCACAUUUUACAUGUGCUGUAGACACUGAAAACAUCCGGCGUGUGUUCAAUGACUGUCGUGAUAUAAUUCAACGGAUGCACCUUCGCCAAUAUGAGCUCUUGUGAUGCCUGUCACUGGCUUCAGCUUUAGGUAAUAUGUUUUUGGACUACGUCCAGGUGUUACUGUACUGUUGAAAGUCAGUAGGGUGAAGAGCAGUGGUUUGUGGGAGGGUCACGUGGGAGAUCCCACUCUGAUUGCCAGCGAGAAAAUUUAAGGGAAACACUGUAAAACUGAAAUGUGGACUAAAGUUUAAACUUAUAACUAGCCAAAGCAUUUAUAAGUACAGUAUAUAUGUGUAUAUUGCCAGGAUGUAACAACUAAUGAAGUGAAGCCAAUAUUAAAAAUAUAUAUAAAUAUACAUAUAUAAAUAAUGUAAUUGAGUAAAUACGUGCACAAAAUGUUUUCGUCGCCAAAGGAUACUAUUUGCUUGUUGUUGUUCACCCCAAUUUUAUUGUGUAAAUAUUUUUGUUUAAAAAGUUUUAGAAAUGUGAAAAUGAUAUCUUGGCUCUGUUUUUUAUAUUUAUUGUAAUGUAUUCUGCAGAAACUGAAUGGUGGUUGGCAACUAUGGAACUCAGAAUACUUUCACUGUAGUUGUCUUAUAAUUUCUGAAAAAAAGAAAAUAGAGAACUGUGUUACUUGUUGGCGUUUUGGAAGAGUAGCUGUUUUUGGUGUGGCCAACUGUUUUAGGACUAGCUAUGCAGUAUUUGAUUAACAAUUGUGUCAUUGUUUACAUGUCAUUUUGUGUCUAUGUAAGUAAAACUUUUUCUCAUUGUUUCAAAUGUUUUUACACAUUGUGAAGUAGCUGUGGUAUUUCUUGUCUCUUUUUUUUUAAUUUUAUUACUAUUCUUUUAUAUACAAAAGGUCCAGUGGCAUAAUGUGUUUUAAAGUAGUGUAUUGUCAGAUUUGACAAUUGCCCCCCCCCCCCCCCUCCCCCCUCUUGAAAUUUGUAGUUGUAAAUGUGGCAUAUCAGUUAUUUUCAAAACUAAUGUUGUGUUCUUAUAUUAGCAUCAAACUUUGCUCUUUUAAAUCCUCACUCCAACUUCAGUGUUCCUGGAAACUGUUGUAGGGAAAGGCUGAACAUUUGUGCAGUUUCAGACACUCAGAGUAGCUCCAUCUGAAUAGGGAGUGGGGGAAUUCCAAAUAUCUGGCCACCACGUUCUCGGAGUAGUGUUGCUUCCUCAUAUGUUGCAUGUAGGGUGAGGCAUCUAUCCAUUUAGUUAGUAUUUGACACUCCAAUAAUAUUGAUAAUAUAUUUUUACUUUGAUGAAUAGUCACUAAUGCAUCGCGCGUGCGCGCGCGCGCGCACACACACACACACACACACACACACACACACACACACACACACACACACCUUUGCUACUUUCAGAAGCUUUUGAUAUGUUUGUGCACAGUUGUAGAGUGGAAAUAGGAAAAGCUGAUGAAAGUGUGAAGUGCAAGGUCAAGGAAACCAGGAAAAAGUCAUGACAAAUUCACAUUGCAAAUGAUUUUAUUUGAAGGAAUGAGAAUCGUGAUAGUUUGAUGUCAUUUGUAACACACAACAGAAAAACAUUGAAAAAAGUGUAAAAAGUUAUAGAAAUUAAAAUGAAGGUGAAGAUGUAAGUGCCAUGCUCCACUUCUGGGGAAUCCAUCAUCACUACUCUUACUUCAAACAGAAAUGAAGAAAAGUAUUUGCAUCACUGGUACAAUGAGAAAUAAAAUCCUCUGCAUUUCAACAAACAAUCCUGUUGGAGGAACAUCCACAACUGAGCAUUAUACCAAAGGUCGUAAAUCCUGCUUCAGUUAUAAAGUUCUUUUACUAUCACUCAACCGGUUUUGGGCUCUUAUAAGCCCAUCUUCAGGUGUUGUAAGUUGGUACUGUGGCCUCAGAGUGCCACGAUGAACGUGUACUAGGCGCGAUGUGCUACCUAUGAGCACAGAGCAGGGAGUCCUGAAGAUGGGCUUAUAAGAGCUCGAAACCAGUCAUGUGAUAAUAAAAGAACUUUACAACUUAAGUGGGAUUUUCAACCUCUGGCCUCUGUAUUUCAUUUCAAGAAUAUAGACCCUGACUAAUAGGUCUUUCUUUUUUCAUCACAUAACUUGUUGGUCAGUGGAAGGUCAGAAGUAUUUUCUAGGAUGGGAAGGUCACAUAGAUUGAACCACAUCUUCAACACAACAAACCUGCAGUCUUCAUCAUCAAACUGCUUUAAUCAAAAGUUUGCUUUUCUUUUCUGAUCUGAAACAUAUUUCUGAAGUGAUGGUUAUCUUUCAUUCGCUGUUAUUUAACAACCUGAUAGCCAAGAAAUCCAGAUCUAAUCAAUCACCUUCAUCCAUUUUCAUUAGCCUGGAAGGGUUUUUAGCUUUUAUCAACACUAAGCAAUGUUUCUAAUUAUUCUAGUAAAUAUCAAAAAAUUAACGCUCUGAAGUUGAGUAGCUGCAACCAGAAACCAAAAAAAUUUCAUUUCAGCACUUUCAUAUAUGUUUCAAAGCAAGUAACAUCAAAGUCAUUAACAUCAUGUUGUUUUUGUUGUGUCCUACACUGGUAUCACACCAUAUGAGUAGUGUCUUCUUGGCACUACAUCCUGAACUCAAAACUUUUAAGCAAACAUGACACCUCUUCAUUACCUGCUCUGCCAGUCAUAUCAUCAUGCCAGAUACACAUCAGUCAUGUACCUAAUCAAUAUUUACUUUCAAGUUGGAAUUUGAGAGCUGUCUUGAAUAAAACAUGGUAUUAUGUUUGAGAUUUGGUGCGCACAUAACUCCUGAAGAUCAACCGAACUGUACAGAUUUCACUUAAGGGCAUUUGAAAAGCCAAAGUGUCAUUUUCAAUUAUUUCCUGGGCUCUCUCAGCCUUUGCAUGACGUGUCUCCUAUUCAUAUUUUGCAGUCAUUUCCAGUUCCUUCAAUCUUCAUAUACAGCUUAUUGCAUUUUUCACACCUGUCAGACCAAUUACGGGAGAGUUAAAAUGUUUUUCUGUAAAAGAAGCAUAUGUAUGACUUACACUAAAGUAUGGGCUAAACUAGUCCUUGCUUGGCUUUAGUCUGCCAAAGUGACUUCCUUCUCUGGGGAAAGACUCAGGUUGUGCUUAAUCAAACUUGUAUGUUCUUCGCUGAACGUCACUGUAUGUGUGUGAGAACUUGUAGUGUGUACACUAUGUCCUAUACCGACUUCGUAAGUUCUCCCUCCUUUUAUAAGAUAGUCUUGUAGUGUCUGUAGUUGUCAGAUGACAGUACAAAAAUGUGUUAUUGUGUACUUGACAGUGUCCACCUGGACCAUCGGACACAUUAUAAUGUGUGCUAGCUUGUCCUCUUCUUUAACAUGGCUGAUCAUAUUUACCAUGACUUUUUCUGUCAACAGGAUUACUUUAUUACAGCCCAUUGUGUAUGUACCCUGCUUUUCUUCACAUAUUGACAAAACUGCAUGUAUAGAUGUCCUUGUGUUUGUAUGCAGUGAUUUGCACUUAUAUCUAUGGUUACAUGUAACCUAGAACAAAUAGCUAUAACUAGAAUGAUCAUAUAAAUGAUGAUGAUGAUGAUGAUGAUGAUGAUGACGACAAUAAAAUAUAACAACACUAAAAAUAAAAAUAUUCCAUGACAAAAUUACCCAAUAUUUUGUUUUGUUUCAUUAUGCUGCACAAUACACAGUUAAAUAAUAAUGCUUUAAACAUCAUGCUGUGAUGGCUCUUUCUGAACAACAGCUGUCCCUUUAUUGCAAACGUCUAUCCUUGAAUUCCUAGCUCACUAUUCUUCUUUAUGCUUUUAAUCUCGCCUUUCGUUUCAAUGUUGAAGCACUAGCUACAAAAAUUCAUCUCAAAAAUGACUGAAACAAAGUAGAUUCUAUUGUUGCUUGAUGUUUGUAUGAAAAUGAGUGGGAAACAGGUUGUAAUCUGUCUCUACUGUAGUUAUAUGUGCUUGGCAAUUUCAGCAUUCCUCAAGCCAUGAACAAAAGGAACUAGCGCACUGCCCCAUCUAGUGAACAUGUUUUGAAGCACAAGGAGACUUCUCUGAUACUUCCAAUCUAUCGUAAAUUGUUAGCCAUGGUACAUUCAAUGGUCUAAAGGAAAAAAAACGAAAAUUUCCAAUUUUGGCACCUUCAGCAUUUCCUAUUUCCAGUCUUCAAUUAUCUUCAAAUGAUUUCAUGUAUUUGCUUUCCUUUCCAUGCUUGUAGGCAUCUCCUCCUCCUCCCUUCUCUCUCUCUCUCUCUCUCUCUCUCUCUCUCUCUCUCUCUCUCUCUCUCUCUCUCUCUCUCUCUUUUUCCCUGCUCCUCAUUGUAAAAUAAUCUUUGUGCUGUAGGCUAGACUUUCCUCCACCUCUGGCUUAAGGUACUGACAUGUCAUGUAAUGUUUGUAUAUAUUGUAGCUUACAUUUCGUCCUUCACUAUUUCAGAAAAAUCAUGAAUACACACAUCCAAUCUCCAUUUUGACAUAUCUAAAAAGUAUUUAUUUUUAUUACAAAUGUAAUAUUUUCAGAUAAAGCACUUUUGCAAGAAUAAUUCUCAAAUAUAUUUAAACUUCAAUGUACCUGCUUCUCUGUAUGACAGGUGUCCAUCUCCGACAGCUGACUUUUGGCAAAUGACCACCUCAUCCAUUUCCUCAACACCGUUUAUGAUAGUGCUGUAGGUAACUGGAGGAAGCACACUAGUCCAAAGCUACAGUUUACUCACCAGUUAACUAGAUCCACUAAUUAGCUCCUCCGUUUGCUCCAGCCAGAUUCAAAUUUGUUCGUCGCCUCCCAGAUAGAAAAAGAGAUAUCCAGAGAAAAUGCACCACUAGGAAACUUGGAGCUACUUGCCAUUUCAAUGGAUCCACUGACCAGCUCAAGAGAGAACAGUCCUGUUGCUAUGAAUAACACAAUUUGAGUCUUUUUGCACUCUGAAAUAAUCAGUAGAGUCCAACUGUACCUUUUUACAUUAAUGGUUCAUGCUUCAUCUUUUAAAGUGCCUUUCAGAAAUGAAAUUUUUAAGUUUAAUUUUGUUUGUAAACUCUACUCUUUCAUAUGAGAACAAUCCCUCCAAUAAAAACACAAAGAAGUAUAUCACCACAGCUGUUUACUUACUAUUGUAUUUAUUCAUAUGCUCUUGUUGCACAAACAUUAUUUUCAUACUCAUUCAAUCAUUGUGCAGUACAGAGUGCCUGAUACAUGCCAUGAGUCAUUGCUUUUGUUCAGUCCAGAACAGUAAAUUGAAUGCCUGUGGGCAUUGAUUACAUGAGCACAAACAGAGUUUAUGCUUUGUCGUGUGGUUAAUUUAUUUUACAUGCUGCAUUAUGGCUAUUUUAGUAUAAUAACAGUGUUUAAUAAAACUGGAAUCUCAUCAUAUUUGGUGCUGUGUAAAUGGUGGAAAUAUCCACAACUCUUCUGCAUAAUAUUAUUUUCAAGAUUUAUUCACGUACAUCAUUCAUCUCUGCGGAAACACAGCCCUUGGAGGUCCUAUCAUGUUGUUUCUGAAACAUUAAUAAAAGCACAGCAUCAUAUUGUUUAACAUUAUCGUAUAUGAGAUUUUAGUCACCUGCAUGAUCUGUUGGAAAAAUAGUACAUACUUCAUGUAGAAUUGCAGUGACUGUUGGCAACUGCUUCUGUUAGUGUUACAUAUAGUAUUAGAAAAUAGUUGAAAACAUUCUCAGAGAAUGUUUUAUUAGAUGGACAUUGCAGUUUGUUCACCUUUACUGCCAAAAUUAUCUUUUUCUCUGGAUUAGUUCUCAGUUUAGAUAAAAAUCUACUUCGGUGGAAGUGGUGUAUGAUGCUUCCUCGUGUUAGACUCAUUAUUUCAAAUGUAAUAUUUUUCUGGAAAACACAUGCCUCAAUUUGGAUCAAACCCCACUGCCAUCUCUCCUUCGAUUUGUGAUGAAUGGGUCAUGUAAUUUAUCCAACUGGUCUCAAAUAUUACUGCAGGUAACAUGUUUAAGUUACCAGUAUAAAUACUGGCCUUGUGUACAUGUAAUGUAUUAAAUAUGCUGAUACAGGAUUUUUAAUGACACAUGAUGGAGCUCAUUUUAUAUGCACAAAAAAAGUUAUUAUUUCAGUAUACAGUUAUGCUACUGGACUUUAAACUCAGCACAAUAUUUAUCAAACUUUUUUUGCAGUGCCACCAGUUGCAAAUGUAACUAUGUAUUAAUCAGAUGCUCUGAAAGAGUAAAAUGUUCCAGUAGAAACUGAGCUCAUGUAUUUGGUGGAAACUGAAUUAGCAAAACUGCUGUAUGCAGGAUACUGCUCAUCCAUUUGCUGAAUCAAAUAUUGUAUUGUUUUUGUGAUUUGGUCUCUUUUGGAAACGACUGUUGCAUAUAAGAUCAGUACAAAACUUGCAACUGCAGUUGUUAAGGAAGAAAUGUUGUGUUAUUGUGUCUAGAUCUUUUAUUUAUACAAUUGUAUGUUGAAUGCAGAGGACUUGCAAUUGAUCUGAGAUGUACUACAACUUUGUCUGGAGCAUAUUUUAUCCCCUACCAAGAGCCCAGUCGUAGAGUAAGAGCUCAUUUGUACAAGAGAAGCAGAGAUCUAUUCUUUGUCUGUCUGCUUGGUGUGUGUGUGUGUGUGUGUGUGUGUGUGUGUGUGUGUGUGUGUGUGUGAGAGAGAGAGAGAGAGAGAGAGGUGAUAAUUAUCUGCAUUUUGAAAGUUGGUGUAUGCAUGUCGAGAGAGGAAUGUUUUAAAUAAUCCUAAAUGUCUUUUAAUAAUUUGAUUGUGAAAUGUAUGUAUAACAAUAGAAAUUAUAUCUAUAUAUGUAUAUUAAAUUUGUAAAGCAAAGAGAAUUAUAUCUAUAUAUAUAUAUAUAUUAUAUAUUUGAAGACAGAAAUAUAUACAUUUUAUGUUGCUAGUCGUUUGUUAUAAUUGAACUUAUUUAUUUAUAAUCAUAAUAAUAAUUGUACAUUUGUUUUGUUUUGUGUGUGUUGAUCCUAACUAUUCAAGUGUAGAUUGUGAAUAAUAUUCCAUUACUGUUUUAUUUAUUCUAUCACAUACUUUCAGAUCAAUGAACAACUGUUCUUUGAUAUUACAGGAUUCAUUAAUCUUGACUGUAAAAUUCUCUGAAUCUCUCAUGAGCUGAUAUAAAUGUUAGUAAAAGUGGUAGUGUUGGGUGUUGGUCAUUUGUAAACAAUAUGGAGAAAGCUUUGUGGACGUAUAUUUUCCAUGAUAAUUGGCAAUUGUGCUUACCUGGCCAGCAUAUAAUUAUUAUCGUAAUUUUUGAAAGAUCUUCCAGGUGAGGAGUUUAAGACAAACUACUGUACAAUGUCGGUGGAAUGGCUGGUCAUAGUAUAUCAGAGGGAGAUUAUACAAUCACUGUUCAUGUAACAUCUUUCAGCCAAAAGUUAAGUUAGUCAGAAGAUAUCUUUUUAAUAUCUGACUUCCGCCAUUUGCCAUCAGAAAUUGAGAUAGUGAUAGAAUUUCAAAUCUAAAAGGUACUGCUUAACUGUUCUAUAAUUCUUGAGCACCUGUCCAGUGCGGCGAGGAGUCUUGCUGCAACAUUUUUUAAUAUGUGAAAUUGUCAUUUAUCAUCAUGUAUGACAAAAUGAAUGGUGUGUUCUCAUUGUACUGCUUAUGUCUUAUUUUGAAGUCACUUCAUCAUUUUCCCCUUGUUUUAGUAUUUCAGUUGUGAUAAAACUCCAUGCCUCACAUCAACAACAUAUUUUGUACUAUGAGCUUGUUGUAACUAUCAUGGAAUUAAGUACAUCACAUAAUUUUCUAUUCAUUAAGAUUCCUUGGAGGAUAAUGAAUCAUUUUCAUUAGUUGCUACUCAUUUAAUUGAAAUUUCUUCGUACUUCCAUUUGUUUGUUGUUGUAGGGGAAAAAGUUUGUGUAAUUUUGUGAUUUCAUAGGAAGAAUUGAAGUUAGUGCGCGUGUGACACACACACACACACACACACACACACACACACACACACACACACAUAUUUGGUGUUACUGUUUGGUACACAAUGUUACAGCAUAGCAUUAAUUUUCUGAGGGACUGGAAACAGUUUAUAAAUCCAUUGCAUCAUCGAAAACUCUUUGAAUUAUGGGUAACAAGCAAUAUAGAAGUUUGAUUUUCGUAUCUUUGCUCAUUUAGCAUUUCAGGUAAACAAAAUACUGAUAUCAUGUUCUUAUUACGUAUUGUGUAGGGACCUAAAUUGUUUCACCAACAAAGUGAACAUGUUUCCACUGAAACUUAAGCUUACAAACAUGAUGCUUCUGAUUAUUUUUAAUUGUACUGACAAUGAAUAUUCAUCUUAUUCUUUAUUUGGUCUUGAUGUGACCAGAAUGUUCCACUUGGUAAAUGGUUGUACAUAACUGAUGCAUGGUUGUACACGAGUUUGGAAAAUUGGUAACAGUAAGUCAUUUGAAAAGUGUAAUUGCUGAAUGAAAAAUGAGAUCAUCUCCAUUGAUAUAACCAUUAAUAUUUUGUGUGCUGUUUCCAAGAAACCAACUCAAACCUGUUUGUAAGUUUUUGACAGCAUUUCUAUAAAAUGAACAUCUGUGUGGUAAAGUCUUCCUGUAACUGUGUUAAGUCUUCUGAAAUAAGUUAGUGACUAACAUUAUGUUUAGAAAAAUAUUUUGGUAUGCUACUGUUUACUUUCAGCACUUGUUGCAUAUAAUUGUUGUAUUGUUUUUCAUCAUCUGUUUUCUCAUAUUAGAUUCCCUUAGAAAAUGUCAGAUUCAGUGAAAGCAGUUUUAUGUUUCUAAGGAGUUUACUACAAAAAUUAUUCCUACUGUGUUGACAUGGGUUUAAAAUGAGAAGCCUCAGUGUGCUGUUCAUAAUCUAUCUCCAAGAAAUUGUAUUGAUGACAAACAUCCAAAGCUUUACUAACAUUGCUCUAAGCUAGUUGCAGGAAUAUUUGCUCCUUCUUUUUGCUUUAGAAUGCUGUCACCAGAUGUAGCAGUUGAGUCAAGUAUGAAGGAAAAUUUGACUAUUUCCCUUAAUGUAACUUUUUGUGUUGCUAUAUCCUAAGACAUUUUGCUCAUUUACUUGUGCAUUAGAAUUUCCUUUUUUUUUUUUUACUAUAACAUUCAGUUAGUUAGGAGGAAGGUUUUUAUGAAUUUAUUUUACCAACUGAGUAAAAGAUAUAAUUGUACUGAAUGUCACAUUUUAGGUUCAUGACGUUUUUAUGUGUAUUCUUGAUUUGAUAGAAACCUAUGGAACACAAGCCUGUGUAUGCUAUUGGGUUUCUCUUUCUUUGCUAUGCAUUUUACAUCAUCUAUAUAAUCCAUUGCUUAUAUACCGGAGAGGGACAUGUUAAAAAUCAUCUGAGAAUAGUAUGAAGCUUAAUUCCUGCAGCGUGGCAGACAUCAAAGAAAGUCAGAGCGUACUUGUGAUCUUUGAGCUCAGAUAAUGGUCCGUAGGUUUAAGCCAUGCGUUAUUAACAAGUGGAAGAAAGUUCAAAAUUUGUAGUAGGGAAUAUACUGCUAUACAUGCACAUAGGUUUUGUAGUAUUUGAUAUAUGAAAUUAGAAUUGUCAUAAAAACAAGAUACCUAAGAUUACAAGGGGAGUGAGAGUAUUAGUCUAGGGUCGUCUAUGGAGUGGGAUAGAACAUGGUAUCAGCUAAGAUGGGAAUCUGUUUCCUCUUUAUCAGUCUGUUGAGUAUUUCAUAUUUUAAAGCAAUUUGUUAUUUUAUGUCUUUAUUUUAUGGUGGUGCAUUAUUUAUGCAGAAAGUAACUAUGUACAAGUUAUUGUACAGUAGAAUAAUAUAUUGUAACAUUUAUCAUUUCAUAUGCCAAAGAUGCAGUGGAAACACCAAUUACAUAUCAUAGGUCCCUAUGCCUUCUGUAAUGCUUAAUAGGAAAAUCAAAGUUUCUUUUCUUUUAGAGUAUUAUUUUUACAAAACAGUUGCUAUAAAAAAAAUCAAUUGAAUAUAGUUGGCUUCUGGUUUGAUAGAGAUUCUACCAUAGUUCUCCCUUCUUUGGAGGAAAAAAGAAUGGUGUCAUUAUAAAAAUUGUAAUUACUUGAUAUUGUGCUUGUAAUGUGUUAGUGGAAGAUCUUGAGUGGAAUGAGGGAUAGCGUGUUGAUGACUAUAGCUCACUUUUCAAACAUCAUUGCCUAUUUAAUAUUGGACAUAUCUUCUCUACGAUGCGUUGUCUUUUCUGGUAUUAUUUAUCAUGUUACUUUGUUUUGCGUGACAUAGAAUUUGUAUUGUGAAUUUGAAUUUUCAUCACAGUCGCCUCUAUUUAAUUAUUCCCUUGUGAAAGCCAAAUUCAGUUCACUAUCUGUGGGUCACUGAUCUCAGCUAUAGUUUGCUAUAAAAUAUGUUUAUGGAACACAUGAAAUUAGGUUACUCAGUUGUAAUUUAAAAAAGAGAGAGUGAGAGAGUGUGAGUACUUAACUUUUCUUCCAUGCUGCCCUACAUGAGAAUAACAAAGAGAUUCGGCAAUGAAUCUUCAUCAGCAUCGCAUUAAUACAGUAUAAACAGAAUAACUGUUCUACUUGAGCGAUUGUUCACUGUCCCAUAACAUAUAAGUUUGCAAAAGAAGUUACUCUACUGUCACAGUACACACAGUGCUCCACCCACCCCCGCUCCCCAGACACUUUCAAUUUCCUAUUUCUUGUUUUUCCACAUUUUGAAAUUACACACACCAUCUUUUGUUAAAGGUUAUGUGUAGUUAUUGGCUUCAUAGGAUUUUUGCUGCUGACAUUAAUGCUCAUCAUCUUUGAAUGGGAUGGGCAUGAAGGGACAAGGGUGUUUGUUAUUUAAGAGUAUUUAUGUACAAUUACUAUGCUGUUUUGCUUGUGGUUUGUCCACUUCUUUGUUACUACACUCUAAUAGAGUGGAUUAUAAUGUGACUGCUGCAAAUUGGGCUACUCAUUACUUUGAACUGGAAGGUGUAUAAUGAAGUAGACUGAGCUUAAUGAAAAACGAAAUUCAAAUUGGAAAAAUGAUAAAACUGCAGAGACAAGAAGGCUGGCCAAUAUGUACAUUUAGAAGGUGCACUGCUAACAGAAGUGCCUAAAUAGAACAGAGCACUCCAUUGUCUCAGAAGUGAGUGUAAGAAAGAUGGGAAGCAAAGGUCUUAGGUUUAUUUCUUCCUCAUAACAGUUGGUCCCUCAUAGCCUGAGGUCUGAAAGUCUUUCUUGCCAUCACUUUCUGUGUUCCCCAACAAUUUCUGAAACAUUAAUGCCCCAAACAAUGGGAAUUAUAUGUUUUAUCAAAGUGUUUCAGUACUAAGCAUGUCGCAGCCUCUGUUAAGUACUGGCCAGCCUUUGUCUCUUAGCAAAAUGUGUUUUUAUAUUUGAGCUUUAAUUUGUUCAUUGCCACCAAUUUUCUUCAUCCUUGACUGGGAGGGAGACUCUGCUUCUAUAAUGUGACAUUUCUGAGAUGUUUAAAUGUUUGGGAGUUUUGUCUCGUUUUUCCUUUAGUCACCAUUUUACUAAUUUUUGUAACUUGUAAUUUGUCAUUUCCUCAGUUUUAAAUAUUUUGUUUAUAUCUGCUUUGUUUGCAGUGAGGUUCAUGCAUGCAGAAUUUUUAUCAUGUGCUAUUUGAGCACUGUUGCUAGUCAUGGAAUUUAUUUCUCAAUGUGCAUUGAAGUUUCAUUUGUUGCUGUAAUUAAAAUGCAACAAUAAAUUUAAGUUUUGGCACAUAGUUCCAUAAGAACUAAUUAUGGGGAAAAUGUGUUGGCAAUUUUGCCAGAAAGUAUGUGAUAAUGAAAUUGUUCUUACUGAAUACAGGUGGACAGUGUUCUUGAGGCUUGUUUUGUUAAAUUUUUAUCCACUGUUAUCUUUUUGAAUGAUUGUUAAUGUGGCUGCCCAAAAAACAUGUGCAAGAAUGAAUGAUGUUUGUAUCUAUUAUGCUUUGAAUUAAAUUUCAAAAACAUAAUAAAUAUUUGCUGUCACAAUAGACAGUAAAGUUAAUAAAGGGGGAGGACACACAAGUGACCAAAGUAUAACAGUCCUAGCACAUAAUUAAACUGACAUACUUCUAUAAUAUUUUGAAGAAGCUGAUUAACUUGAAGUUAUACAUGUAUUGAUCUCUUGGAGAAAUUUGUAACAGAUUAUACAAGGUACAUAAAAAAUUGUAUAUCUUUAAAAAUUUUCUCCAGCAGGGUACUUAGGCAGAAGUCUAAAAUACAAACAUUGUUACCUGGCACACCUGAUUUUGUGAUGGUAAUGGUGGUGGUGUUGGAGAAUCUUAUGUGUAGGAAUAAGACCAAAAUGUCCUACCAAGAUUUCUGUUUUAAAUGACUAUUUGGAGAAAAAUUUUCCUUAACUGUGUUGGAUAUAACUCAAUACUGAAAGAAUUACAGUUCACAUUAGUGCAAUUAAUGUCAGUUAAAACAUUAAGCACCCUCAUUCAUCAAAUAGCACAAUAUUUUUGUAAGAAGGUGUGCUACCAUACCAAAACAAAAAGAGCACCUUCAGUGGAUACCCAUCCAGGUGAUCAAGGAAUUGUUAAUAUUCUUUAGUUUUUGAUAAUAUUUUAUCAACCAUUUGUAUCACAUUCAAGUGUGUAACCUUCUGUUAACUAUGGCUGUUCGAAAAAAAGUGAACUAAAUUGAUCAACACAGAAAAUAAGAUACUCCACAAUUUUAACAAUGCACAUAAUAGAAAAUGGUUUUACUUGCAUACCAAUAGUUAACGUGAUUUAAAGUAAAGUAAGAUAACUGUUAUUAAUACGUAUGCUGACUUUGUUAUAGUUAAAUUUGAUGUUUUUUUGACUGUGAUAUGUCCACCUGUAUUGUCAGUUAUUUGACCAUGUAACCUAUCUUUCUAGAAUGUAUACUUAAGUCUCAGUUUGCAGUUAGGACUAAGUGUUAAGUACUGUCAUCACAUUCUCUAACAAGUCUCAAAACAAACUGGGACAGUGCACUGUUGCACUGAUCUUUUAAUGGUUGAAUAUCUAUGAAAUCUGUGAGUGGUUGGAAAAUUUUGAGCCCCUAAUUUCAUUUUAAAUGUUUGUUUUCAUUGUAAUUAAUUUUACUUAAAGCAUGAAUGCUGAUUGUCACUUUUUAAGGUGGCCAGUUUGUAUGAAUGAUAAUUUUACUAACAGUUACUAUAUGUUGUUAGCAGUUUAAAUCAGUAAAUAUACAGGGAGAGAGAGAGAGAGAGAGAGAGAGAGAGAGAGAGAGAGAGAGAGAGAGAGAGAGAGAGAGAGAUAUUUUCUUUGAAUGUUUGUGUUGAUUACUGAUCAUUUGUGAGAAGACUUGUUGAUAAACAGUUUGUAUUUGCUUUGUGAAAAUUUAUCGUGUUAUCUUCCCAAGCCCGUAGAAAUGUAACAUGUUAGUCUGAUCUCUUUGUUUGCUUAAAACUCUCAAUACCAGUCAAAGUCCUCAAUACAUUGAGAAGUUUGUUACAGUUUGGUAAAGUAAAAGGGUAUCGUGUUUUGUUUUAUGAGCCAGUGGACUAGAACAUUUAUGCUUUUCACAGUAUACAUUGAAUUAAAGGUUUUGUACUGUUUUGGAAUGAGAAUGAAAUCUAAUUAACUUGGAGCAGCUUUUGUCAUUCUAUACAAAAGUGAUAUUUUAUGUGAUAGUGUUAUGACUUCUAAAUAUUGAUUUGGUACUGAGAAUAUUUUCUACAAUAAAGCUGAGAGAUCUAUUUAAAGUGGAAUACUUUUAAUAUUCCAGCAGAUUUGGUUUAAAGUAGUCCUGGUAAUGUUAAAUCUGGUGUAAACUCAUUACUUUCUGGAAUAAUAUCAUUAAAUUGUUCAUGUAAAGGAUUAUCAUCUUUGUUCAUAUGUUUACCUUUAUAGAUAUACAGAAAUUAUGUGUUGGAAAAAAUAAAGAAUAUGUUUUAGCGGUAAAAUUGUAGUUAAAUGUACAAUAUAACAGAAACACACACACACACACACACACACACACACACACACACACACACAAACAAACAAAAA